AUGGAGACACCGUCGGCCAAGCAGUCGAAACCCCUCGCAAUCAUUGGUUUGGCAGCCAAAUACGCUCAAGGAAUCACAGAUGUCAACCGAUUCUGGGACUUUCUUCUGGAAGCUCGAGAGGCAACGACGAGCUAUCCAAAAGACAGACUGAACCACGAGGGAUUUUAUCACCCAGAUCCCGAACAUGCUGGAACGGCACAGUUUCUCUCUGAGAAUCCCAAUGCCUUCGAUGCUGCCUUCUUCUCGAUCAGCAAGACCGAGGCUGAAAGUCUUGAUCCACAGCAACGGCUCGUUAUGGAAAAUGUCUAUCACGCCCUUGAGAAUGCCGGGCUCCCGAUGAGCAAGUUCGUAUCGUCCAACACUUCUGUCUUUGCGGCUGGCUUUAACCAUGAUCAUCGUGAUCGACUGAGCACCGAUCCAGACAUAGCCUUAAAACAUCAGCCCACAGGGGCUGAGAGCUCCAUGAUCUCAGGUCGAGUGAGCUGGUUCUAUGACUUCAAGGGCCCCAGCCUGACCAUAGAGACUGCGUGCUCCAGCUCGAUGGUCGCUUUCCACUUGGCUGCCCAAAGUCUACACGCUGGAGAGAGUGAUAUGGCAAUUGUCAGCGGGGAAAUCAUGGGAUACUCGGGAUUCUUCAGUGCGGAAGGGAGGUGUUUUACAUUCGACCAUCGAGCUAAUGGAUAUUCCCGGGGCGAAGGCGUAGGAACCGUCAUCCUGAAGGAUCUGGAAAAGGCACUUGGCGAUGGUGAUACCAUUCGCGCCGUGGUUCUCUCCACAGCCCUGGAUCAUGAUGGCCGAACCCCAGGUCUCACUCGCCCUAGUGGGGACGCCCAGGUGCUUCUGAUUCAGAAUGCAUACCGCUCCUGUGGUCUAGACCCCAGGGAAACUUCUUUCGUUGAGGCGCACGGGGCAGGUACGCCUGUUGGGGAUCCAAUUGAGGUUGAGUCUCUGGCGAAGGCUUUUCAAAGUGCCAAGCGAGACCAACCUCUCUAUGUUGGCGCUGUGAAGUCCAAUAUUGGUCACUUGGAGGGUAGCUCUGGGCUUGCGGGUAUCAUAAAAGCUGUCCUGGUUCUGGAAGCUGGUCUCAUUCCUCCGAAUGUCAACUUCGAGAAAGUGAAUCCCCGAAUAAAUAACGACGAGUGGAAUAUCCGCUUUCCACUCAAAGUCACACCAUGGCCGAGAACUGGGCCACGACGGGCUUCUGUCAACUGUUUCGGUAUUAGCAGCACGAAUGGUCACUGCAUAAUGGAGGAUGCUCACAGUUACCUCAAGCGAAAAGGUUUGGUGGGGCGCCAUAACACCCGAUUAGUCAUUUCUCCUUCCAAUGGGCUUGAGCAGAAGAGGGGCGAAGAUGGGCCACCAAACCGUUUAGACACGAAAAGCCAGCGAGAAAACGAUCUGACCGUGAAAUUGCUCCUAUUUUCUGGCUUUGAUGAAGGUGCCCCUCGUCGUGCUGCUGAACAACUAUUGUCCUAUUUGGAGGCCAGGCAAGAAGUCAGCGAUAGUUCAUUGUUGGAUAUCGCGUACACGCUUUCUGAGCGGCGUUCUCGACUUCGCUGGAAUAGUUAUAUACUAGCUACAUCAUGCGAAGACUUGAGGAUGCAGCUCGCGACUGGACGAGGCCUCUCACAGUCUCAAUACGGCCAGAAGCCACCUCGAGUGGGGUUCGUUUUCACCGGACAGGGCACGAAGGAUCCUCGGAUGCCUCGACAAAUGCUCCGGUAUCCUGUAUUCCAGCAGUCACUCGCGGCUGCAUCAGCAUAUUUACAACGAAAAGGUUGCCCAGCUCCGAUGAUAGGUAAGGAUCGCAAUUCAAUAUGCGGCGCGAGUGAGUGUCCAAACAUCAAUCUCGCUGAGAUUUCGCACAUUUCAUACACUGUAAUACAAGUUGCAUUGGUGGAUCUGCUAGCAAGCUGGGGCAUUCAGCCUGAUCGAGUAGUGGGUCAUUCAUCUGGUGAGAUUGCAGCAGCCUACUGUGCAGGAAAGAUCCCUCGGGAAGCGGCGUGGGAUGCUGCUUACCAUCGCGGACGCUUGACUAUGCAGAUUCUGGGUAAACCAAAGGGAGCAAUGUUAGCCGUUGGCCUUGACAGUGCUACCCUACUCGCACACGUGGAGAAGAUUCGUCGCAUGGUACCCGGGGAACUUGUUAUCGCAUGCUACAACAGUCCCAGAAAUAACACGGUCUCAGGGGAUGAGAACCUGGUGUUGGCAUUGGAGGAGAGAUUGAGCACGGAAUCGGUUUUCAUGCGUCGUCUCAGAGCUCCGAACGCCUACCAUUCUCCCCGCAUGAAAGACAUUGCGGAUGAGUAUGAGGCUGCCCUAGACAAUGUGUCCGGGGAGGCAGACUAUAACUAUAGGACACCUGGGGAUCACACCAUUCGCAUGUUCUCGAGCAGCACUGACAAGGAGGUUUUGAAACCCCUACUGGACAAAACUUACUGGGUCAACAGCCUAGUUUCCACUGUUGACUUUGCUGGGGCAUUGGAACGUAUGUGCUUUGAUGAUGGCCACGGCACAGUCGACUAUCUGAUUGAGAUUGGGCCUCAUGGUGCCCUUCAGAGCGCAAUCAAAGACACUCUAGCUGACGAGGGUUCCAUCUCCUAUCGAAUGAUACUUAACCGCAUGGACUCCUCAACAAGAACAAUACUGAACACCGUCGGUCAUCUUGUCGCUGGGGGUGCAAAUGUCAAUUUGUCUGAAGUGAACAGCUGCUUGCAGUCGGGUUCCAGGAGCCCUGUAAAGGCGGUUGACCUGCCUCCGUACCCCUUCAAUCACUCUGAGAAAAGUCUCUAUGAGAGCCGCUUGACUCGAGCGCUGAGGUUCAGGAAGUUCCCGCGACAUGAGCUACUCGGCGCUCCGAUUCCGGAUUCAAACUGCUUGCACCAAAGUUGGAAGCACUACCUGCGAGUGAGCGAAAAUCCGUGGUUACGGGAUCAUAUGAUUUCGGGAAAGAUCGUCUUUCCUGGUGCCGGAUAUCUCGUGAUGGCCAUAGAGGCCUUCCGACAAGUGUGGGAUGGGACCACUCAGGCCGGGUUUCGUAUUCGAGAUGUGAAUCUGAAGGCGAUUCUGAUCGUUCCUGUUGAUAACUACGGCAUUGAAACAUGUUUCUCCAUGUGCCCGGCGGAAGAGUCGAAUUUGUCAAAUUCAACAGUGUGGAACCGGUUCUCAGUGAGCUCAUACAGUUUUGAUCUUGAUGAAUGGACUGAGCACUGCACUGGGUUUAUCGCCGGAGACGCUGCUCUCUCUCCCAAUCCCGUCACCAAUGGGCGCGAAGAUGCGAUCGACCGCAAAGCCUGGAUUAAAACUGAAGACCAAGCAUCUGCUUGUCAGACAUCGAUGGAGUUUGAUAGGGUUUAUGACAAUCUUGACUCUGUCGGCUUUCGGCUUGGUUCCUCAUUCCGAAAUCUCUCGUCUGUGAAGACGGGAGGAAUCAAAGGGGGCGUUAUGUCCGGCAAAAUCACCAUUCCUGAUGUUGCAGCGGCUAUGCCUAAGAGAUUUGCUCGUCCACAUCUCAUACACCCGAUUACACUUGACAAUGCUUUGCACGCGGGGUUCGCUGCGAUCUGCGAUCUCACCGGCACUAUCACUUUCAGAAACAGCCUUGUCCCUAAUUUCAUAAAACGCGUUUGGGUAUCAGCAAAAGUCCAAAAUCAAAGCAGUCUCAGUUGCUAUGCAAAAGCAUGUCAUUUUGCGCAUGACGCCUAUUCUAUUGAUACACGUGCGUGGAGUGCUUCAAGCGCUGGUGGAGUCCUGUCUUUCAGUGGUGUUCGUUUCUCCCCUCUCCAGACUCAGGCUGCCGGGCGAAUUGACAAUCAAGUUUGUUGUUCCAUGCAAUGGAGCAACGAUGCCAAUUUUAUUUCCACUUCAUCCAUCAAUACACUGGAAGAGGAACAAACUGAAUAUGACGCAGAGCGGGUAUGGUUUAUUGAGCUGCAAUUAGCGGCUGCACUGUUGGCGAGCAAAGCAUUGUCUGAGUUGGAGGGGUAUCACUUUCCAGCCACGGCCUCACAGCACCAUAUCAGAUGUUAUGCAUACCUGAGAAAACUGGCUCAAGACGUAGCUAAGGGGUUGCUCCCCGAGGUGAGCUCGGAUGAGUGGCAAAAGUUUUCACAGAACCACGAGAUGAGCAGGGCCCUACUUGUACGUGUCGCUACGCGUGACAUCACCGGGGAACUUCUGUUUCGCAUAGGCACGCAGCUGGGAUCAAUUCUCAAACAGGAAUCCGAUCCUCUGUACCUCAUGUUUGGACAAGAUGACCUCAUGACCAAGUACUAUGACUCGGUCAUGGAGACCGGCCCCUUCCCGACUCGCUUCGCUCAGCUUAUGUCCACGUUUCAUCAUACCUACUCUGAUAUGAAGGUCCUUGAAAUUGGCGCUGGCACCGGCAGUCUCACCAGUCUAAUCUUGCGUCUUUUGUGCCCCGUGGGAGAGCAUAGGGAGUUCUGCAAUAACUGUGUCGCGGAGUACGAUUAUACCGAUCUGUCAUCCAGCUUUUUUGAGAGGGCCAAGUCUCGCUUCGCAGCCUGGGGACACAUACUCCAAUACAGAGUAUUGGAUAUUAGCGUGGAUCCUAUCACACAAGGAUUUGCGCGAGAAUCGUACGACAUGGUUAUUGCUAGCAACGUUCUUCACGCCACACCGGAUAUCCUCCAGACUAUGAAACAUGCUCGGUCGUUGCUGAAACCUGGCGGCAGGAUGAUUACUCUGGAGGGUGCGCGUCAGGACACCGCGUAUAUUAAUAUAAUUUUCAGCACAUUGGCUGGAUGGUGGUCAGCAACGGAACCAUUCCGGCAAUGGUGUCCCUACGUUCCAGCCGACAAGUGGGAGAAAGUGAUUUCCCAAUCGGGAUUUUCAGGUGUGGAUAUCGAGAUCCCUAGCUCUCAGUACCCAGAAUUCAACCAACUCAAUCUCAUGGUAUCGACGGCAGUUGUACCAGUACCUGCCAGUGAUCGUGUGGUUGUGAUUGUAAUCGCAGAGAAUCAGGACGAAAAUCAUGCUCGAGCUCUGCAAGCACGGCUCAUGAGCACAGGGGUUGAGCAUUGUUCUAUCGAGCGCCUCCAAUCCCUAGAUAGCAAAUCUUUGCGGGACGUUGUUUGCAUUUCCCUUUUGGAGCUCCAUUGCCUGCUAUUGUAUGACAUGGAUGAAGCCAACUUCGACCGCGUCAAGCACUUAUUGACCACCUGCAACCGCAUUCAAUGGAUCACUGGCUGUGAAGACCCGAGACAGACUCUGGCGGUUGGUCUUAUUCGCACGGUCCGAAUAGAACGUGCUGCAAACAAUCUGAAUUUAGUGACUGUGGCGGUCGACUUUGCAACAAGUUCGGCAGAAGACGUGAUUAACGGGGUCGCGCGGAUCUUCUCGCAUCAGUUUCUACAUGAGUAUCUACUUCAUGGCCCCCAGAUUCAGACAGCCCGGAUCGUCGAGAACGACGAGGCAACGCAUUCGAUAAACGCUCAGCUUCAAAUUGGACGGCCAGGAGCACUUGACAGUUUACACUGGGUGUCAGACACAGAUGUGUCACGUCCGCUGGGGCCAACGGAAGUUGAGACCCGCGUGUGUGGGGCGGGGUUGAACUUCAGGGACCUACUCGUAGUGAUGGGAGAGCUUCCGGAAGUGACCAUUGGUGUUGAAGCUGCUGGUAUCGUGACCCGAGUAGGGUCAGCCGUUAGGGGGCAGCUACAGGUUGGAGAUCGAGUAGCAUAUCUCAACUACGGGUCUAACUUUGGUGCAUUAAGAACAUUGGGACGAACUGAGCAGGACCUCGUGGUACGUGUCCCAGCAGCCUUGCGCGUUGAAGAGGCCGCUAGUAUGCCAGUCAUAUGGACCACGGUUCUGUAUGCCUUGAAGAAGGUUGCCCAGUUGCGGCCUGGUGAAUCAAUUCUGAUCCAUGCGGCUGCUGGUGGAGUCGGACAGGCGGCGAUACAGUACUCUCAGAUGGUUGGAGCUGAGAUCUUCGCCACUGUGUCAACAGUCGAGAAGAAGACGCUCCUGGUUAGCAAGUACGGGAUUCCGGCUGACCACAUCUUCUUCACCCGAGACCUAGCUUUUGUAACUGAGAUCCGCCAGCUGGCACCAGAAGGGGUGGAUGUUAUCCUAAACUCACUAUCUGGGGAGGCUUUGCACGAGUCCUGGGGCUGCCUUGCGCCGUUGGGGCGCUUUAUCGAAGUUGGCAAGCGGGAUAUCCAAGCCGGUGGAAAGCUAGACAUGGGCCCCUUCUCCAACAACAAAAUGUUUAUUGGAGUAGAUGCGCUUAAGCUGGCAAAGCAUUGCCCCAGAAUUGUGAGCGAUCUUUUACAAGAGAUCAUGCAACUGUGGCAGGAUGGAAAAAUCCAUCCACCAGAGCCGGUGACGUUCGUGCCAUACGGGCAGAUACAACCCGCCUUACGAUCUCUUCAGACGGGCCAGACUAUGGGCAAGAUCGUCUGCGUUCCGCAGCAGACUGACAAGAUUCCUUGUGCUCCUGACCCCCCAGCGGCGUAUUCUCUUGACCCGAAUGCUGCCUACAUCCUGGCGGGUGGAAUGGGGGGAAUCGGCUCGAGGCAUUUAAUCUUCCUCAGCCGGACCUCUCAACUGCACACCGCCGGGCAGGCCACGGUAUCCACCUUGGAGGCCAAGGGCUGCCGCAUCCAGAGAACCAAGACCGUUCUCCGAGACAUCCGAGGUCCAAACGGUGCUUCGAUCCGGGGAUGCAUAAUCUGCGCACUGGCGUUGGCGGACAGUGCGCUCGAGAAAAUGAGCCACCGUCAAUGGCAGGCGCCCCUCAAGGCCAAGGUGCAGGGGUCCUGGAAUCUUCACCAACUUCUCUCAUCUGACAAUCUUCAGUUCUUCGUUAUGCUCUCUUCAAUAUCAGGCGUGGUUGGAAAUCGCGAUGCACUAGCCCGGCUACGUGUGUCUCAGGGUCUCCCAGGCGUGAGCAUUGACCUCGGCGCCGUCGACUCGGUGGGGUUCUAUGCCGAACAUCGAGAGUCUCUCCGUCACAGCUUCAGAGCUGUUACCGUGCAUCGCGAGGAUCAGAUGUUGGCCAUCAUUGACCACGCACUGGACCCACGGUUGAAGCGAACUCCGGCGACCUGUCAGCUCAUUUGCGGGUUAGCCACUAGAUCCGCGUACGAGCAACGUGGUAUCCCCAUUCCGCCCCAUCUGCAACAUCCAUUGUUCAUGAAUCUGCGGGAUCACGUGUCCCCAGCCGGGGUGCCGACAGCCUCAAUCAAGCAACAUGAUGUGCAGACUCUACUAGCCACCGCUCAGAACGAGGAAGCUGCCAUAGAGGUGGUGUUGGUGGGAAUCCAGAAAAAGCUGUCCUCGAUACUGAGCAUUGCCGAAGACGAGAUUGACCCGUCACGCUCGGUGCGGGAGAACGGGGUGGACUCACUCAUCGAGAUGGAAUUUCGGACCUGGGUGUCCAGGGACUUGGGGAUGACCUUAGACAAGGCUGACUUUAUUAUGAAGAGUUUACAGGAGUUGAGUGUUGAGGUGGCGAGAUUUAGCUCCUUGACACAUUACAAAUAA